AUGGCGCCAGCUAGUUCAUCCUAUAUCAUUGUUGGCGCUGGUAUUUUUGGAGUAUCCACAGCCUACCACCUCAUUCGAAAGUACCCCAAGGCGUCGGUUACCCUUGUCGACCGAGAUGCGUUCGACGCUGAUAAUCGAGUUGCGGCGUCAUGGGACUGGAACAAGGUGAUGCGAGCUGACUAUGACGACCCCGUCUACUGCGAAUUGGCCCUAGAAGCCCAAGACAUCUUUACUUCUGAUCCGCUAUGGAAACCCUACUUCCACCAAACAGGGCUCUAUUGGAUGUGCGGCCGUGAUUACGCUCGCGACUGUAUCAAAAACUUCGAGAAACUCGGUCGACACAAUGACAUUUCAGUUUGGCCAAUAGAAGAGGCCCGUAAGAUGUUUGGCGGCCUGUUCAAUGAGUCUGAUUACACAAACGUGGAGCAAGUGCUGGUAAACAAGGCCAGCGGAUGGGUUGCCGCUGGUGACUGCCUACAGGCAGUUACUCGCAGCAUCUUGGAAUUGGGCGUCAAAUACGUCGCGGAAGAAGUCUCAACGUUACAAUUCGAUGCGAGUGGGCGAUGUACUGGGGUGAAGACUGCGACUGGACAAAAUCUGCAAGCAGCUCAUGUCGUGCUUUGCACCGGUGCAUUCACCCCAACAUUGUUGGAAAUGAGUGCUGCCGCGAGUGGGCUGACCAGCCUACAAGCUGGUUCAAGAAUUCUGGCUGGCGGUAUCACCACCGGAAUGACGCGAUUGGACGACGAGUCAUACGCAAAAUUUGCAGACAUGCCCGUGGGUAUCCAGGGAUACACCACGCUGAAAGCACCAUUUAUGGGCAGCCUGCCUCCAACAAAGGAUAGAGAGCUUAAAUGGUGGGGGCAGAAGAUUUUUAAGAAUACCAAAGAAGUUCUACCCGGGCGUUUCAUCUCCAUGCCCCCAGCAGAAGCCGACUACGCACAGUGGAAGAUUUCAGAGAAACUCAAGGAGGACAUUCUUAACGUAAGCAGCGUGUUCUACGGUACACAAGCUGCGAAAUGGAAAUUUGAGAAGCAUCGCAUUUGCUGGGAUGCUUUCACAACAAGCUCCGAUUUCAUCAUCUCACCGCACGCAGCUUCGAAGGGCCUCUAUGUUGCGACAUGCGGUUCUUUCCAUGGAUACAAGUUCUUUCCGGUAAUAGGAAAAUAUGUUGUAAACAUGCUGGAAAACGCACUCUCACCACAGUUGGCAGACAAGUGGGCUUGGGAUCGUGAUAGGCCAGACCCGUCAGUCAACCCUGACUGGCCUAGCUUUGAGAUGAAAGAUUUGCUGGAUCCUGUAAGGACAAGUAGGCUAUAA